GAGGCGCUGUUUGGGCCAGAACAUCCUGAUUUAUCAACACCGCCUUUAUCUUCCCCGUCCGCCCUUCUUCUCUCUUCUUCGUCUUCAUCCUCUCCUCCACUCUUCACUCCUCACAUCCACUUCACAAUGGCUACCCUCGUCAGAUGCCUCUUCGGCUACCAACCUUCCUCCUCCAGAGCGGUCCAGAAGCAGCGCUCCUACUCCUCCAUCAACGACGUCGAGUCCGGCCUGCAGCCUAGCCACGCCCGCUCCGCCCUCUCCAACUCCCACAUCGUCUACGACCCCGAGGACGAGGCCCGGCCGCUUCUGCAGACCGACCGCGUCACCUCCGUCGGAUCGGCCUCCACCCUCAUCGACGCCGAGGCCGCUUCCUCCUCCUCCUCCUCUAUCACCGCCGCCUCCUCCUUGUCCUCCUCCUCCACCCGCUCGCACUGGUUCUCGCCCCGUCUGAUCUCCGACGCCGUCAUCGGCCUCUCCGACGGUCUCACCGUCCCCUUCGCUCUCACCGCCGGCCUCUCUUCCCUCGGCAACACAAAGAUCGUCGUCACCGGUGGUAUCGCCGAGCUUGUUUCGGGCGCCAUCAGCAUGGGCCUCGGUGGCUACCUCGGUGCAAAGUCAGAGUCUGACUGCUACAAGUCGCAGCUCGAGAGGGAGCGUCUUCUGCUACAGAACGCCCGGCAUCUCUCCGAGGAGGCCGUCAGCGAGAGUCUUGCUGAGUACGGCUUCGCCGAGUCUACUGUCUCUGCCAUUCUUGGCGACCUCGAGAAGAGCCCCGAGGAGAUGGUCAACUUUGUUAUGAAGUUUGGGCGUGGUAUGGAGGAGCCGCCUAUCGGCCGCGAGUUCAUCUCCGCUGCCACUAUCGGCACUGCCUACUUCCUCGGUGGCUUCGUUCCUCUCUUCCCCUACUUUUUCGUGCACACUGUCCAGCUCGGACUGAUUCUGUCGUCGGUUAUCAUGAUUGUCACUCUUUUUGUCUUUGGUGUCGCGAAGACCGUCUUCACUGGUAACACCAGCAAGCUUCAUGCUGCCUGGGGCGGAGUUCAAAUGGUCAUAACAGGAGCCGUAGCCGCAGGCGCAGCUUACGCCAUGGUGCGGUUCAUAGAUACCGCUUGAUGCACUUUACUUUUUUCAUUCCUUUUUGUUUUGUUUAGAGCCUUUGAUAGCUCGGUUGCAUAUUUGUUAUACACACACUCCUUUUAUGAAAUUGCGCGCGGAUGUUGCUUAUGUAUAUGAUUUGAAGGAUGAAGCCGGUUUGCUGCUGCUGUUGUUGUUUAUUUUUUGACGUUGCCAUAUCAUAAUGCGUUGUCUUUGUUGUGUCUUGUCUUGUCUUGCUCGUUGUGAAUUCGUCUGUUUUGAUAGAGGCAUGGGUUUAGUUAUUGUUUACGCUGGUUUGCUUUCCACUUCUUUUGUACAUAUUUUGACAAUCACUCUCCACUGUCCCGCUGGGCGCGACGGGCAGAAUAAAAUAAUGAAUACCUA